AUUCCCCUCCCUAUUGUAGCCUGAUUUGUAUUCAAUUUGUCGAAUUUAAUGAGGGCUAACUUUGUUACAUUGAUAUGUGUGGGGUGAGAAAACCUUAUAUUUGUAUGACAUUUCCUUUUCCCUAAAAUGUUAAAGUGUUAGACAGGCUUGUUUUUUGUAGUCGAAUUAGUCAUCGCCGGUCGCAAAUAGACGACGCUUUUUGCAGCAGUUAGACACACUUGACGGCUCGCGUCUUCAUUCCUGAUUGGCUACAUGCACCCUAUCCGAAGUGGACGGCUAAUUGGCUAGCUGCAUUUUGUUCCAAGUGUGAUGCUUUGAAUAGUUUUUAUAUCGUUUUCUUUUAAGCGGUUGCUGCCACAACGGACCAGAUACAGUUUGUGACGUUUCUGCAACUGGAAGUUUGAUGCCGGUUGGGCCGGACUGAAAAAUGCGCCCAAAACACAAAGGGAACUGAUUAAUGAACUGCUAUACAUUAAUCAAGGGGACGCAGGAGUGGCUGCGCAAUGUGACAGGAUGCUGAACCAUCACUUCAGAAGGAACCCGGACCUGCAGGAGGAGCUGCAGAUCCAGGCAGCGGUGGCAGCCGGCGAUGUCUACACCGUGCGCAAGAUGCUGGAGCAGGGCUACUCGCCCAAGAUCAGGGACGCCAACGGUUGGACACUGUUGCAUUUCUCUGCUGCCAAGGGCAAGGAGCGUUGCGUCCGUGUCUUCCUCGAGCACGGAGCGGACCCGACAGUAAAGGACUUCAUUGGUGGUUUCACGGCGCUGCACUAUGCCGCCAUGCACGGACGUGCACGCAUUGCUCGCCUCAUGCUGGAAUCGGAGCAUCGCGGUGACAUCAUUAAUGCCAAGAGCAACGACGGCUGGACGCCACUGCAUGUAGCUGCACACUAUGGACGCGACUCAUUUGUGCGCCUGCUCUUGGAGUUCCAUGCUGAUGUAGACCCACUGAGUGACAAGGGCACUACACCACUGCAGCUGGCUAUCAUCCGAGAGCGUUCGAGUUGCGUGCGGCUGCUACUCGACCACCACGCCAACAUCGACGUGCAGAACGGCUUCCUGCUGCGCUACGCUGUCAUCAAGGGCAACCACGCGUACUGCCGCAUGUUCCUACAGCGCGGGGCAGACACCAACCUUGGACGCGUAGAGGACGGUCAGACACCGCUUCACCUCUCGGCUCUGCGUGAUGACGUGCUCUGUGCGCAGCUUCUCUACGCCUACGGAGCUGACACAAACACACGCAAUUAUGAGGGCCAGACGCCUGCCGCCGUCUCAGCGAGCAUGUCCCGCACCAGCCGACCCUGCCUCGACUUCCUGCAGGAGGUUACAUGCCAACCCAGGACAUUGCAGGACCUGUGUCGGAUAAAGAUUCGUCAGUGCAUAGGCCUUCAAAGCUUAAAGUUCUUGGAGGACUUGCCUAUUGCCAAGGUGAUGAAGGACUACUUAAAACACAAGUUUGACAAUGUCUGACAGAGGCCUGGAAAACUCCGGGUAUCAGCACAGGAACAGAUUCUCUAGCAGACUAUGCAACCUCUCAUUUCCCUUUCUGUUGUCAACCUCCAGCAGCGGAUUGUUUUCUACAACCACGCGUGAUGUUUUUCUGCCAUUUAAUCUGGAAAUAUAGCCAAGCUAUUUGUCAUGGACACUGAACCCCUGCUUGUGUUCAUUGUUUGAUUAUUUGACCCAUGAAGGGGAAAAAAAAUUUCAUCAUAUUUUAUUUGAACAAUCCAGUCCUCUUAUUAGGUCGGAGUUAAUGGUGGUUUCAAAAGCUGAUGUUAUGAUGAUCUUAUAUCAAUCCAAUAUCAAGGCUUUUGGCAUGUUAAGUAUAAUUAAAUUAUUUGAAUAUGGGAAUUGAUAAGGUUUUUUUUAUUAUUCAAGCUCAUAGUUUGUAGUUUCUUAAAACAAUUUCAAAAUACUAAUUUACCUAUUUACCUAUACAUAUUUCACAUUCACCUCUUUACAAGUUUUUUGUGAUCAGCAAAACAUUUUAUACAUCAAUAGCGAAACAUUAACGGUAUAACUAUUUAAGAUUUUCUUAUCAUGAUGCACAGACCUACCAAUAAAUCAUCACACCCCUAGUUUCGAGUACACAAUAGAUAAAGAAACAAUCCCUUUUUACUAACUUACUGACUUUUUUUGUGAUGAAAGAUGUGUGGAAUUAGAUUUUUCAUACAGAACCAUGUCAAUUGUGCACCACCUUCCAUUCGACUAUUAACAAUUCAGCACGUUUUGAAGGUGCACCGAGUUAGUGGUCACAUUUAAAUAUGAAAUAUUUGACUUGUGAAACAAGCAUUAAAACUGUGAUUUGAACUUUUCUUCAGUUUUCCCACUUGACGUCUUGGUUUCCUCAUGCGGAACUCAUUAACAAGGACUACACUAUGUAUAUAAUUGUGUCAUAUGUACAGCAGAUAUUUUUCUAGAAUUAUUUAAGCUAUGAACUCUUGUAUCAUAAAGUGUUAAGGAUUUUUGUUGAAUGGUUGUGUGGCUUUUUUAAAAGUCUUAAUAAUUUUUGUUUGUUUUAAAUUUAGAAUUGAAACACACUGAUAUAAAUGAAUCGGGAGCAAUUAGUGAAAUUGUGGAAAUAUAAUUAAAUUUUUCCCUCUAUCAGAUUUAUCUGAGUUUUUUUGGUAGUUGGCAAAUGGGGAAAAAGGCAUUUCGUCGUGCCUUCGCUUCACUUGGGUGGAAUCUUGGGUUGCUCAACAGCAUGCGCAUUUUUCUCAGGUGUGUCACGUAUUAUUAAAUCAAGUUGACUAGUUUUUGUAAGAUGCACCAAUAUAAUCUAGUACGGUAAAUAUUUUGUUCAUUUAUUACAGCUUUAGUCAGAUUAGAGUAUGCGUUGUGUCCCACCUGUAUUGAGUAGGCACAUGCCUAUAAUUGGCUAGACAAUAUUUUGCAAUAUGCAUACUGAAGACAGGUCGAAUUAUUGUAGUUUAUUCACAAGGUAGUCCGUCCAUCCAUUUGGAAGGCAGUCUCUAAGGCUCCUUAUUGAUAACACGUUUAAAGGAGCGUUGAACAUGGAUGUUCCUUCAAAUUCAAGAAGGUGAUAACUAUUGUAUAUCAGGAUGCAAGGUUACGCAAAGGAUGUGGAAAUUUCAAAUGAAGCGUACAUGGCUGGAAGGUGGGUUUAAUUUUAUUCAGCCUCAUACUAAUAAAAUGGAAUAGAGGUUAUUGUUAUUGUUCUUUCAAUGUUGCCGGGUUGAACUGAAAUUUCCUCACUUAAACACGUGAGCUGUUCAUCUGAGAAUAAAUACAGGAAUAAAGAAGAAUGCUUUCGAUUGGACUUUAUCUGUAUAUUCAGGUUUUUACAGUUUCCGUAAAUCCUGACUCCAUUUUUAAAAAAAAAAAAUUUUUUUUACCAUUUCAGCAGUGCUUUCUCUGAAAUUUUGUUUACUGUGUGUGGGCGAGUGUGUGUAUUUUGUUUUGAAGCGCUGAUGUGUUUUCAGAAAGCACUUAUUCCGGAUUCAAAUCGUCUCAACGUCUUCCACGCCUUUCACCACAACAACUACUGAAUGUACAUAAACUGCUGUUUGCCUGGCCCAACAUGAAUUGUGUGAAUAAAUGAUUAUCACAAGG